ACCCCAGGCCCAGCUGAGCAACCACAGCAUACUGCAACAAAGCUUGUGUUGUGCACCAACAGCAGCACAGCCAUCUACUAGCUCCAGCUCCAGAGCCAGGACUACUAGCCAAGAGCCCAAGACCACACAACUUCCAAGACCUGAAGACCAGGUGCCUCCAAAUUCCGAGCUUCUCCUUGCGGCGCAGCAGUGUGCAUGCUCUGACCGCUUCUCUGAUCUGAGGGAGCAAACGCGACGACUGCCACUUCACAUCUUUCUCCAGGGCGGCGAAGAUGUCGGUGGCGGUGUGCCGUGGCCCAGCUGUUCCGGCGUUCGAGGCGCCCUGCUGGCUGCGCCCUGUCGAGCCGUACAAGCAGCCGGCGGAGGUCGUCGUCGACGACCGGCCUGCGCAGGUGGACGUAUGGAACGCCAUCCAGGCCGACGUCGACAAGGUGGCGCCGAAGGCGUCGUCCAAGCCGUACGUGCACCCGCUCGUGCGCCGGUCGUCGAGCCUGAUGAGCCAGAAGAGCCUCGAGGUCUGCACGGAGAGCCUCGGCAACGAGACCGGCUCUGGCGACUUCACGUCGUCCCUGGACAUGGCCAGCCUAUUCGACUCGCCGCUGCCGGCGUCGGCGGCGGCUGCCACACCAGUGGAGGAGUCCUUCUGGCAGCACGACGCGGCUCGCUGCUACGAGGAGCAGCAGUGGGAAAGCAAGGAUCUCGCGGCCGUGAACUACCACUGCUGGGCCGGGAAGCGGUCACCGCGCCGCGCGUUCCCGCCGCCGCUGCCGUCCAUGUCGCGCACCGACGGGCCGUGUCUGCAGAUGCGCGCGCGCCGCCAGGACGGGCGCCUCGUGGUCGAGGCCGUGGCGGUGAGGCCGCGCGGGUACCUCCACGCGAAGCGCCAGGGCGGACGCCUCCGCCUCUCCUUCGUCGAGUGCUCUGCUCGCGACCAGAGCGCGGCGAGCAAGAUCACCGAGGCCGCAGCAGAGGCGCCGUACUUCCGCACCGUGGAGCCCAGGAACGUGCAGGAAGAAGAGGCGGCCGUGGAAAUGGAGGACGACAACGAGGUGAUGGAGGAGGAGGAGGUGGAGGUGGUGGACAGGGGCACCGUCGUCGAGGUCAAGGUGAGCACGCAGCCGCAGACGCACACCGCGGCCAAGGUGCACCGCUCGACGCUCGUGAUCAACAAGUUCGUCGGCAGUACGCCGCUGUCAGUUGACCAACCCCGGUGCGACGCCGACACGAACACGACACUGCCCGAGGCGGACACCUGCAACGAGACGGCGGCACAGGCACAGGCACAGUCACCACGCCCGACCCUGCGGCGGGUGCCGUCGUCCACGACGACGCUGGCGGCCGCGGUCGCCGUGGCCUCGACGGGGACCGACGACGUCCCGCCGGCUCCGGAGGAGGACGACGACGAGUGCGGCGGGCUGCACCUUCCCGGCGCCUCCGCCGGCGCCGCGGCCGAGACCAAGCAGCUGCUGCUGUCGUUCACGUCGCGGAGGGGGGACAAGCAGGACCUGCUGCAGAGCGUGCGGCGGUGCCGGCAGCUGCGGCAGAAGAAGCUCUUCAUCCUGGAGCCCUACUGCAUUGCCACCUCCUGAACAAAAAACCAUCCGUCACAUUCAGAGCCACACUACACAGCUCGCGAUGAAUGCGACAGUUCGUUCGGUCGCGUCGCCAUUGGUAGCCUUAAAUUAAUCACUAGCAAAUCAAGCACGCACGGUCCUGAUUAGCCGAUUAUAAUAACCCUUGUCAGUCGUCCGUCGUCGUCACACACAGUGGCUGCUGCAUGCUGGGCAUUAUUACCAUUUUUUUUUUGCGACACAUCUUUCCCAUGUGUUGCUUGGUGUUUCGCUUUUUGACUGCGCUGCGCGUGCAUCGGCUAGCAGUCGCCGUUUGGUCCCUUGCAGUGCAGUGGCCUCGUGCGUGCGUGCGUGCGUGCUGUAGUUGUUGUUGCUCUAGUAGUUUGUCUCCCCUGUAUUUGUAGUGUGAUUUGAGUAAGUAAUUUUUCAAUCAAUUAACAGAUUUGCUGUCGUGAAUCUACAAUCUAA